CUUUUGUAUAUCAAUAAAUUCAACAGAUCAGUUAAGCAUAGAUAGUCGAACGUUGUACAUUGAGAACGAAACAUGCUCAGCAUAUGGAGAAUAAUUGCCUACGUGUGGUUUACGGCAGCUUUAUUACAUGGUGUUGAAUUGCGACCUCAGCGCACUGAAGGCGAACUUUUGACAAACGCUCAGUGCGGUUAUGAGAGUUGUCCUAAAGUUCAAUCUAAUAUGUUGAAUGUCCAUUUGAUACCGCAUACCCAUGACGACGUUGGUUGGUUGAAAACGGUUGAUCAAUAUUAUUAUGGCAGUGAAACUUUGAUACAAAAAGCCGGUGUUCAGUAUAUAAUAGAUUCUGUUAUUCAGGAACUUUUAAGAGAUCCUGAAAAGCGUUUUAUAUACGUAGAAUCGGCCUUCUUCUUCAAGUGGUGGCGUGAACAAAACGAGGAAUUGCAAGAGCAAGUUAAAAUGUUGGUGAAUGAAGGACGUCUGGAAUUCAUAGGCGGUGCGUGGAGUAUGAAUGAUGAGGCUACCACACAUUAUCAAAGUAUUAUCGAUCAAUUUGCAUGGGGUCUAAGGCGGUUAAAUGACACCUUCGGUAAAUGUUCGCGGCCACGCAUUGGUUGGCAAAUUGAUCCGUUCGGUCACUCAAGGGAGAUGGCUUCCAUGUUUGCUCAAAUGGGUUAUGAUGGCUUAUUUUUUGGUCGGUUGGAUUACCAAGACAAAAGUGAACGGUUGCUGACAAAGACACCCGAAAUGAUUUGGAGAGCUUCGGCUAAUUUGGGUAAAUCUUCCGAUUUAUUUACUGGCGCUUUAUACAAUCAUUAUCAGCCGCCUCCAGGGUUUUGUUUCGACAUAUUAUGCGCCGAUGAACCUAUUAUAGACGGCAAGCACAGUCCUGAAAAUAAUGUCAAAAGACGAGUCGAUGAUUUCUUCAAAUUUGUUCGCAAGCAGGCACAAUAUUAUCGUACUAAUCAAAUCAUAAUAACCAUGGGCGGUGAUUUCACAUAUCAAGAUGCUAACGUAUACUAUAAAAAUUUGGAUAAAUUAAUACGAUAUGCCAAUGCUCGUCAAGCCAAUGGCUCCGAAAUAAACCUUUUGUAUUCCACUCCUUCUUGCUAUUUAAAAUCGUUGCAUGAUGCUGACAUUACUUGGCCCACAAAAGAUGAUGAUUUUUUUCCCUAUGCCUCAGAUCCUCACGCUUAUUGGACUGGUUAUUUUGCUUCGCGGCCAACUCUUAAACGUUUCGAACGAGUUGGUAAUCAUUUCUUGCAAGUAUGUAAACAGUUAACGGCUUUGCCACCCAGUAUGUAUCCCGAGUGGUUGCCUCAUUUAAGUUUUAUGCGUGAAACAAUGGGUAUAAUGCAGCAUCAUGACGCGGUUACAGGUACGGAAAAGCAAAAAGUUGCAUACGAUUAUGCUAAGCGUUUAGAAGUCGCCUUCAGGGCUUGUGGGGCAAAUACUCGCGCAGCUUUAAAUAUUUUAACAACCGGUGAUAAACCAAAGCCUGUUGAAGGUCAUAAACCAAGACCAGUAAAAUUUGAGUUUAAAACCUGUGCUUUACUGAAUAUUAGUCUAUGUGAUGUUUCCGAGCAAAGUGAACACUUUGUCUUGACGCUGUACAAUCCACUCUCUUCUUCACUAGCAGAGUAUAUUAGAGUGCCCGUGCCAGAUAACAAUUACCAGGUCCUUAAUGAUAAAGGAGCUAUUUUGGAAGCCCAGUAUGUACCUAUUCCACGAGGCCUCAUGGAUUUAGUCUACCGCCACUCAAAGACCAAAUAUGACAUGGUUUUCUUCGCAGACGAACUACCUCCUCUUGGUUAUCGUUCGUAUUAUAUUAAAAAAACUAAGGAGCGUCCUUUAAAACCUGUACCUGAUUCCCCUAAUACCUCUAGCAUGACAAGCGUAGGAAAUGAGUAUAUUCGUUUGAACUUUGACACGAACGGGUUUUUGUCUGCUGUAACUGUUGAAGGUAUGACACGUAUCAUCAGUCAAGAUUUCUUAUAUUACGAAGGGGCCGUAGGUAACAAUAUGGAAUUCCGAAACAGAUCUUCUGGUGCGUACAUAUUCCGCCCGCAAAAUGAUUCAAUGAAAAUUACAACUACCGAUGUUGAUAUUACGGUCUAUCGAGGAUCUUUGGUCGAAGAAGUCCAUCAAAAAUUUAAUAAUUGGAUUAGCCAAGUAGUACGAAUCUACAGUCAGAAAAACUAUGCGGAAUUUGAAUGGCUAGUUGGGCCUAUACCGGUAGAUGAUGAUAUAGGCAAAGAGAUUAUUACUCGUUUUGACACUGAUAUUAAAUCUGAAGGUAUGUUUUUUACCGACUCAAACGGCCGUGAGAUGAUAAAACGUCUGCGUAAUCAUCGCGAUACAUGGAAUCUUGAGAUUUUGGAACCAGCAGCUGGCAACUACUAUCCAAUAACUACGAAAAUAGCUUUGGAAGACGAUCGUGCACGCGUAGCUAUUUUAACAGAUAGAGCACAAGGUGGUUCUUCCUUACGGAAUGGUUCUUUAGAACUAAUGGUUCAUCGCCGUUUACUACAUGACGACGCCUUCGGAGUAGAUGAAGCCUUAAAUGAAACCGCUUAUGGGCACGGUCUGAUAGCCCGGGGGACACAUUACCUAAUGGUAGGCUUUUCGCAGAAAAAUGAUAGUCCUACGCAAAAAGCAUUGGAACGUUUUGCUCAAUUGGAAGUAACUUUGCCCACUUGGAAAUUCUUUAGCAAAACGAAUUACACCUUUGAAGAGUGGAUGACGAGUUUUAAUAAUAGUUUUACUGGUCUUGGAGCAUCUUUACCUAGAAAUAUACAUCUUCUAACAUUGGAACCUUGGCAUAACGGUGAACUGUUAGUACGAUUUGAGCACAUUCUUGAAAAAGAUGAAGAUCCGGAAUUUUCCAAAUCAGUUAAAUUUAAUAUUAAGGAAGUUCUAAGUAAUUUCGAAAUACAGGAUGUACGUGAGACCACUUUAGAUGGUAAUGCUUGGUUAGAUGAACAUCGCCGCAUGGAAUUUGUUUCAGAUCCAGAAAGCGUUGAUUUUGUAAAUUAUGCUACGCUUUCUGAAGACCUUCAAAGUGCCCACUUGUUAAAAGCCCAUAGGCCCUUAACAAAAUCUGAAUAUCAUAAGGAAGCAUUACCGCAUUUUGACUUAGGAUCAAAAAGAGAUCCCACACCGAGCACACAUUUAAACACAAUACGCAGAAAUACAUUGGAGCAAAUGAAAUUAGAUGAAAAAAAUUUAAAACAUCCACGCGGAAAGUUCAACAACAAAUAUGAUGUAGAAUUAAAUGCUAUGCAGAUUCGUACUUUUGUGAUAUAUUUACGCCAAAAUAAUUCAUUCGCUUCAGAAUAAAAUAAAGUGGCAUAAACGGUUUAU